AUGCCCGAGGAUCUCUCCGCGGCCAAAGCCCUCUACAUGGGCAUGGAGGUGGUGAUCGCCGUGUCAUCCGUGAUUGGAAACGUCAUGGUGGUUUGGGCGGUAAAAAUUAAUAAAUCCCUGAGAGAUACUACGUUUUGCUUCAUUGUCUCCCUGGCGCUCGCGGACAUUGCAGUGGGAGCGCUGGUCAUACCGCUGGCGAUAACUAUAAGCAUCGGACUCCAGACUCACUUCUACAGCUGUCUGCUGGUCGCGUGCACGGUGCUGGUUCUGACCCAAAGUUCCAUCCUUGCCCUGCUAGCUAUAGCUAUCGACCGGUACCUGAGGGUCAAGAUCCCAACAAGUUAUAAGCGAGUCGUCACUCCCAAACGAGCUGGAAUUGCAGUGUUCAUGUGUUGGAUGGUGGCCUUCAUUGUCGGCUUGACGCCGAUGCUGGGCUGGAACAAUUUACACAGCCUGCAACAGAACGACUCGAUAGGCCCUGACCUCAUCGUCACCUGCCAGUUUGAGAACGUCAUCAGCAUGGAGUACAUGGUCUACUUCAACUUCUUCGGCUGGGUGCUUCCGCCUCUGCUUUUCAUGCUCGUCAUUUACUCUGAAAUCUUUUAUAUGAUCCACAAGCAGCUGAACAAGAAGGUGUCCAGUCAUUCGGAACCCAACAAGUAUUACGACAAAGAACUAAAGCUGGCCAAGUCCCUAGCGCUAGUUCUUUUCCUGUUCGCAAUUAGCUGGCUUCCCCUCCACAUUAUGAACUGCAUCACGCUCUUCUUUCCGACAUGCGAGAAGCCAAUGUUCCUCAUUUACAUUGCCAUUCUGCUCACGCAUGGCAACUCCGCUGUCAACCCUAUCGUUUAUGCUUUCCGCAUCAAGAAGUUUCGGACUGCCUUUUACAGGAUCUGGAAGCAGUACUUCUGCUGCAAGGAAGCUCCGCCUCCUGAUAGCCAGCCGAGCGAGAGACUGGAUAACAACCACUACUUCGCUGCAGUCGCCGUUUCGCCUCCUGAACCUGCUUUGGAACACAACGUCUGA